GGCUGAUCAUGUGACCAGCUUAGGAUGAACUGGGAUGGCUGAUAAAGGCCCUGUUAGACUGACUGUGUAGUGUUAUAGUUAGGACAUGUACAUGGAGUUGUAGAGUAAUCUCUAGUGUUUACACUUGUGUGACAAUGGCUGACUUCGUACACUGAUAGACUGGACACUCACUGGUAUAGACAAUGGUGCCUGAAUUAAACACCCAGCUGAGACAGUGAUUCUAGGAGAGGAUUAACUUAGCUCUGUUUGUGUUUAGUGUGUGUGUUCAGAUUUUUUAAACAACAUUUGACAAGAAAAGAGAUCUAAAAUUUCCAGGGGUGGUUGGAAUCAUUUAACAAUGACUUCAGGUCCUGGUGGGGAAUGGCAGCCCCAAGUGGCAACAGAGCUUCAGAUAGCAGUUCAGACUGAGAGUGAUCCUAAUGGUGGUUGGAUGCCUGGAAAUCAAGGUCCACCUUCCCUCUCAGUGGUGACCACCGUGUGGGGGAUGACCCAGUCUACACAAAGUGGUCCCUUCAACCACAGUACUCCAGGAUCAGGGUACACUAAUACCACAAUGUCCUCAACCAACUACACACAACAGCCUCAAGGAUUCACAGGGAAUCAGAUGCAAAAACCUCCAUAUAACAUGGGACCCAUCACAAACAGGCGGGACUCUGGGGGGUACAACCGACCAGGGUAUCCUCCUACUCCAAACACACCAGGCUCUAACACGCCAAUAUCAGGACACAAUGAGUAUCCAGGAGGCCCAGGGAUGCCACAGGGAAACCCAGCCCUAUCUGCAGCAUUGGUUGCGGCAGCAGCAACAGCAACUGCAACUGCCACAGCAACUGCUAGUAUGGUUGCCAUGCAGGAUCAGCAACAGCUCAAUAUGCAAAUGAAUAUGAAUGGGCAGUAUCCACCACAGAUGCCAGUUCAGAAUCAGUUUAAUCAGUAUCAAGGGAUGCCCCAAAGAGGAGGACCCAUGAAUAUGGGUCAUGGGACAGCACCAGGCCCAAUGAUGAACAAAGGCAUGUACAUGCGUCGUACCGCUCCUUAUCAGAAUCCACAGAUGAUGAAAAGGCAGGUCACUGGCAGUCAGCAGUACCCUAAUGGAGCACAGUAUGGCCCACAGUACAUAAACCAGCAACAGUAUCCAAACAAACCUCAGUACCCCCCAGCCCAGCAGCCUCUGCCUUCCCCAACCUAUGGUCCUCAGCAACCAGGAAUGAGGCCCAGUGCUCCACCUCACUACCCAAAUGGUCAGAAUCCAUACAUGACAGGCCAGUACCCCCCACAAGGCAGACAGCUCCCUCCCCAGGGUCCAGGAUAUGGUCCCUCCCCUCAGUACAGUAAUGGACAGCAGAACUUACAGUCCUCCAACAUGAGUUAUCCUCACUCACCUUUGCCUGGUAACCCCACCCCACCCAUCACACCAGGGGCAGUGCAGCCUCCCUACCCUGGGCAAAUGCAGAUCAAGAAAGACCCUGAGGAAUUACGCCUGACUUUCCCAGUCAGGGAUGGUGUAGUGUUGCCUCCAUUCCGUUUGGAGCAUAACCUGGCAGUAAGCAACCAUGUCUUCCACCUCAGAGAUUCUGUGUAUCAAACCCUUAUGUGGAGAUCUGACCUUGAAUUACAGUUGAAGUGUUUCCAUCAUGAGGAUAGGCAGAUGAAUACUAACUGGCCAGCCUCAGUGACUGUUAGUGUCAAUGCUAAUCCCCUUAACAUAGAGCGGGGAGAGAAUAAGACCUCCCACAAACCACUGUACCUCAAAGAUGUUUGCCAGCCUGGCAGAAAUACCAUUCAAAUCACAGUCACAGCAUGUUGUUGUUCUCAUCUUUUUGUGUUGCAAUUGGUUCAUCGUCCAAGUGUGCGGUCGGUACUUCAGGGCCUACUGAAGAAGCGUCUUUUACCUGCAGAGCAUUGUAUCACGAAAAUCAAAAGAAAUUUUACAAGUGUGACAAGUAACAACAGCAUAAAUAGUGAGGAUGGAGUCGAGCAGACAGCUAUUAAAGUAUCCCUUAAGUGUCCAAUCACAUUCCGGCGAAUUAUGCUUCCUGCUCGGGGACAUGAGUGUAAACAUAUACAGUGCUUUGAUCUGGAGUCGUAUCUUCAGCUGAACACAGAACGGGGUUCUUGGCGGUGCCCCGUGUGUAGUAAAACAGCAUUACUGGAGGGUUUAGAGAUUGACCAGUACAUAUGGGGAAUUCUUACUAACCUUCAGACAACAGAAUUUGAGGAGGUCACAAUUGACCCCAUGGCAGCUUGGAAACCUGUGCAGCAUAAAACUGCAGUAAAAGAGGAGGAUACAGGAGAUAACUCCUGUGGUGGUCGAUGGGUCAAAGCAAUGUCCCCAUCAAGCAUGCAGCUACCAACCAUGAGUACAUGGGACAUGAUGGGGGGUGGCAGACAAGCUGCAUCACCUUUUACCAUGAACUCUGGCCAAGGAUCACAGUAUCCAGGAAUGCCAAAUGAGAGCAUGCCAAAUGGACCAGUCAGUACAGGAUAUCCCCACCCAGGUCCCCCCUCAGACUAUAGUUCCCCUCUCACACAUAUGUCAGAGAGCAUAAACAAUAUUAGUAAUGGAAAUUCCAUGAACAGUGGAAAUUCAAUGAACAAUGUGCCACAAAGUGACUCCUCUUCUCAAAUGACUCACAAUGCAGGACAGUUUGUCCCAGUGUCCGGGGACCAGGGAAUGCCCACUUUAAGGCACCCUGACCAAAACAAUAUGAACAGUCAUAUGACUCCCUCCAGCCAAUCAUCACAAAGCAUGAGUAAUGGCAGCCAUCAACUUGAUCACCAGUCACCUCCUAGCAAUCAGAAUAAUACGUCAGGGGCAGAUAACUGCAAUUCAAUAGAGGAUAUCAAUUUGGACCCAUCUACUAUUAUGAAUGAUAGUCAGAGCAACAAUUUAGAUCUCCAGCUAGAAAAUUUUGGUGAUCCUAUUGAACUGUUAUCGUAUUUGGGACCACCUGAGAGCUCCGGGAGUGACUCGCCUGGAACACAGAACACAAACACAAAUAACAGCAAUUCAACGUCCACAAACAAUCAAACCUCAACCAGUGCCAAUAGCAAUAAUGAUGAUUUGUUGGCUCUGUUUGAAUAGCAAACUAGUAUGAAUCUAAGUAUUUCAAGAGCUGUUGUGACAAGGAACAGAAAAGACUGUUGUCAGUGAAGCCACCUCUGUGUAAUUGGCCAGUUGUCUUACAGAUCUGCAGUGUGGAGGAUCAAACUUCAGAUUUUAUUUCUCUACUUGCUUUGUCAUAUAUUUAUUGAUACUGAACAUCAACUUGCCUGGAUUUCGUGUUAUACUUCAUUUGUAUCACUCUAACUUUAUGGAGGGGACCAUUCAUCCCCACCCUAAAUCUCUUCAUUAAAAUGCAGCCUUUUGUGGGCAGCAUAACAAAAUAAGUCAUGUGAUAUCCACAUAUAUCUGAUUUGUUUACAUUUUUGAAAGUUGUCCAUUGACAGCAUUCUUUGGUCAGACUUUAAGGCUCCUGUAAUGUAAUGGGAGGCCUCAGUUUUGAAUAGGCAGCAAAUGACAUAAAGAGUUUCUGUAGUUGAUAUUUGUAUGUUUCUGAGGAAGUUCUACGCCAUUUUCUGUCUUUGUUGACUGCUCUCAACACCUUAUUAUGUGCUCAUUAUUUUUUCGCUGCUCAUUUGUAAUUUUACAAUAUUUUAGAAAGCAAAUUUUGUUUUCAUACAGAUACAGUGAUUUUGAUUUGAAAAUUGGGGUUGUAAAUUUUGUUUCUUCAGGUGGAACUUCUGUAAUGUACAUGUGUAUAUUUUCCUCUGUUAUUUGUGUCUUCCUUAUGUUUACUGCAAAGUACAUCACAUGCAAUACAAAUUACAGGUGGCUCUUGGAAAAACAGCUGAUUUGUGAUGCACUAGCCUUUUGUAUGCAUAACUAUGAACUUAGGUAUCAUAAAUUCCUUUUAGCAUAACAAUGAUGGACACUGUUUAGAAGUUUUAGUUCAACACAAAUAUGUCUGAUAAAAACAGCUUAUGUAACCCAGAACGCAAGUUGAUAUACAGUAUUAUUUAUAUGUAUUUGUAGUGCAAGUUAUAAAUUUAUGCAUGCAAGGGUAACAUGCAAAGAUUUUGAAGCAAUCAACCCUUUUUUUCAUGGUGUAAUUGGCAAAUUUUGAAUGUGCAAUAUCAGAAAGAAACUUUUACUGUUUACCUUUAUUUUGCUGUAAAGUAUUUUUUUUUUAGGUCUAAAAAAUUGGAUUUAUCCCUAUGGAAAGACAGUUUGGUUGAUUAUUUUAUACAAAUAGGUUGCAGGAAAUGUUUGCCUGAAACCUCCAUGACAGCGUUCUAUGUUGGAAUUUUAGGCACACUUUUGUAAUCCUAGGGAACAUUUCAGCCUUCUUUGACAAGCUGUUUACAGAAUAUAAUUGUCUUAAUUUAAUUUUGUAUAAUAUUUAUUAAUAGUUAUUUAAAUUUUCAUGUUAUGAAAAUGAAUCAUGUCCAUGGCAAAUAUUCUUUUGUGUCCAAGUUCCGAAGUAGGAUAGAAAUGUACAUAGAUUAUAUAUAUUAUAAAUACAGAAUAUAUGUUAUGUUUUAUA